UGCUUUUUCUGGGUUUUUUUUUUUUUGGGAAUUUGAUUGGAUGUGUUUGCUGGGGUGUUGUUUCGUAUUUUCAAGCUUACUGUUUGAUCUAUUGAACUGUUGAUUUGGUGGAGAAAAUGUGGAUGAAGAUUGCCAUCUGGGUAUCUAGGCUGCGUUUCGAUGAAGAUUUGGGUGAUUUUUCUUUUUCUUUUUCUUUUUUGUUUUCUUUUUGGGUCAAUCUGGUCUUCUUGUCUGUCCAUUUCUGGUAGAAAAUGGGGAAAAUGGAGUUCGGUUGGAGUGUUCUUGAGGUUUUUUAAAGUUAAAUUCUAGCUUCCAUGCCCAAUCUGGGUUUUAAGCUGCCACUGAUAAUUUUUUUUCCUACUUGGAUUGAUGAGAUUGUAGUCAGAGAAAGGGUCUGGUCGAGCAGAGGAUUUUAUUUUGUUUAUUUUAUUUUUAUUUUUAUUUUUAUUUUUCAAUUCAGUGAACAAUUUAAGAUUUUCACCUUGUGGCUGGAGUGGUUUUUCUUUUCUUCUUUCUUUUUCAAUUUAAGUUUCUAAGUUGAUUCAGGAAGAUUGGGGGAAGUUUAUGAUUUGUCUCCAGUCAGAUUUGAAUUGAUUUUGUUGAAUUCAGUCUUAAAUCCCACAAUUCAGACAUUUUCCGGAGACAUUGUUACUUCCUUUUUAUUCUGUAUUGUUGCCCAUUUGAUCAUUUUUUUUUUUGGUUCAAUCGGAUGAUUGCAGUGACAUUUUUUGAAAUAGGAUGCAUUCUUAGCACAUUCCAUUUCAUAAUUCUGAAUUAUUUAUACGGCAGAGAAAAUUUGGAAUCAAGACUGUAACUGAAUGAUGAAGGGGGGAUUGAUUGGAUUUGGAUACUGAUUGGUAGAUUAAGAUGGAACGGGACUACUAAAGUGAAAUGGGUAAGGUAGUUUAUUGCGGGUUUUGUUUGGAAUUUGGAUCUUCCAUGGAAAUUGAAUGGUUCCAUUCUACUUUUGGAUGGCAUUUGAAAGGAGAAAUUCACCACAAUGAAAUUUAAAAUUGUGAUGAUGAAGUGGUGAAUGUAUCACUUCAAGGAGAUUUAAAAUUGUUUCUUGAACUCCUUUGGUGGCAAUCUCUCCGAUUUUCUUUAAUGGUCCCAUCCGGAGUGAUUUUACCUUCACUAGUUAUGCAAAGUAAGGAUAGAGCCAAUCAAAUUCUGUUCAGCAUCCAAAUCACCAUGAAAGUAUGCAAUUAAAACGGUGCCACUCAUGUGAAGUGAGUACUAGGGAAAAUCGUUGGAACCUCAAUCUUCUGUAUAUCUCAAGGAACAAGUUAGUUAAUGCUGUUGAAUAAUCCGAUGGAAGACAAGCAAUUGAAUUUUAAUCAACCACUUUUAUCUGUUCGGAGAUUCUCAUCAACAGUGGCUUCCACAGAAGUUGAGAGCAAACGGAAGAAUGAUAGUUCCCUUUCCAAUAUACUUCCUCUCCCUACCUACAAAUCAGAGUUGAAAUCAGGUCCAGUGAGGAAUCCUGGAGCUGUUCCUUUUAUAUGGGAGCAGACUCCAGGAAGACCCAAGGAUGAAAGCAAACCACAGAUCCCUCCCACCGCCCCAAAGCUUCCACCUGGUAGGAUUUUGAAUACUAAACAGCGACCUCCUGAUAAAGUUUCUAAGGAUCCAAUUGUUGCUGGGACCCAAACAGCAAAUAUCCUUUCUAACUCUCGAAAUGUUUCUUCUUUGGAUGAAAAUGUUACUAAACUUGAGAACUUUAAAGAGGGAGUUGAGGAUAAAGGGAGUUCUGGUUCAGAGGAUGGUGAUGUAGCCUAUUUAGAUGCACUGGAUACACUUUCCCGGUCUGAAUCUUUCUUCUUGAACUGUAGUGUAAGUGGUUUGAGUGGAUUGGAUGGUCCAGAUGUCAAGCCCUCUGGAACAUUUUCAACAGAUCCACAGACCCGGGAUUUCAUGUUGGGUCGAUUCUUGCCAGCGGCCAAGGCAAUGGCUUCAGAAACCCCUCCAUAUGCCUCUAGGAGGCAACCUGUGGCACAGAGGCAACCUGGGGCACAGGCACAACCAAGACAGGUAAAAAAUGUAGUAAGCGGGGAUAGGCGGCCUCCGCUUUAUCAAUAUAGGCCAAAUGUUUCAUCACAUUAUGCUCAAGAUAAAGGUAGAGAAGAGAGUGAAGAUGAAGAUAACUAUGUUGAAACUGAACUUUUGUCUGCCAAAGUUUGUGGGUUAUUUCCUCGGUUUGGCUUGAAGAAUUCCUUCUGCCUUAUGAAUCCAGUACUAAGAAUGGGAGUUCAGGCCCGGGUACCUGCCUCCUCUCUCCGUGCUACAAGAGCUAGAUUCUCAUAUAGUGAUGCUAGUACUCUAACUGAAAAUAAGCGCUCUAGAAAUGUCGUUAAUGAGAAAAGAUCAGGUGGACUCCAAAGAAGUAAGCCGCAGGAACUUAAGAGAAAGGAAGAAAAUGAAAGCAGUAAAACUAAUUACAAGAGUGAUUCUCAGAAACCAGAUGGGUCAUCCCUGUACAUGCGUUUGCAGGGAGGUGGCAUGUUGCCCUACCGGAGUGACUCACUGCUAUCCCACUUUAAUGAAGAAAAAGGAUUUCAUGGCAUUCAUGAAGAACCUAUGAGCUUGGGAGUUGAUGGCUUUGGUUCACAUCAACAGGGCCAAAAAAUCUUCCGGGAAUUAUUGGCCAGUAGCCCUCAACGGGAAUCAGGCUUGGAAAGCCCUACAGUUGAGAAAACUCUGUACAUAGAUUCUGUACAUAUUGUAGAACCUCGGAAUUCUAAUUCCAGCUUUUCAGAUAUGAAGGGGCUGAGUGACACCCGGAGUGAUUUUGAGAUUCUUGGAAAAUCUAGGACCCCUUCAAUGGAGUCUUCUCUUCAAGACAUCAAGCACUUAAGCAUUGCAGAUGAAGAAGGCAAGUCACAGCCAAAAAUUUUGGACUCUAUGGAUUCUAAUCUACUGUUUUCCUGUGUCAAAUCAGAUCAGGAAGUCCAGAUGGACCAGAGGAAAGGAUUCAGUAGGUCAGAUCCUAUUCUGGAUUCCAUGACCUUGGAUAGCCCAGAAGUGCUUGACAAUAGGAAUCUGGAUGACGAAAACCAUCGGCCUUCAGAAGCAGAUAGUCUAGAAAAAUUUCAUGAUAGCCACUCAGAACUUCCUCUUCCUCCACCUUUACCAAAAUCUCCCUCUGAGUCUUGGCUCUCGCGUACAUUGCCUUCUGCAUCAUCAAGGAACUCCCAAUCACAUUUUGCCACUUGGACUAGCCCCAGAAACCAAGCUUCCAAGACAUCAUCCCCUGAUCCCAAGUGGGAAACAAUUGUCAAAACUUCUAAUGCCCAUAAAGGGCAUUUGCGGUUUUCUGAGAAACUGUUGGCUCCGGUACCAGAAAGUUAAAAACGCAAGCGCUAAUUCUGAAGCCCAUUUGCACAAUUGUUUUGGUUGCCUCAUUCAUUGCUCAGUGAAUUCAAAGGCAAUUGAAGUAUUUUCCCACUUCUUAUAUACACUUCUCCCAGAGAUUCUCUUUUGUCUUUUGCUUUAUUUGGGUUAUAAGUUAUAUAACGGGUAAGCUGUAAUUGUAUACAAGCCCAUUCCAUAUCAUGCAACCAUGAGUCGAAUAAGUUUUACUGUAAAUGCCAUCACAUUUGUUGAACUUCAAGCUUGAUCCUUCGUACAUGCUGGUUUUUAUGUAAAGGGAGUCAACAGCUAUACUUUGUAAUAAAAGAGGAGAGGGAGGGAUGCUGCUUCCUCCAUGUACAUGUUGUGCAUUGCGUCCUUCAAUCAUGAGAAUUUGUCUGAGACUUAUGAAGUAGUACAUAAAUAAGAUACUCUGUUUCAUGCCCCUUAUUUGAUAA